GCGGUGUGGUUUCUGUCUGGCCUGGCUGCGCCCCUUUUUUGGGUCACGUGAGCCGGGCGGUUGUUGACUUCCUUAAAUUGCUGCGAGCAGAGGAGAGGGCCUCGUCGGGCGCGCCGGCCGCAGGGGCCCUUUGUACGGCGUGCAGUUUCAGGGGCGCCUCGUCCCUAGACGAGGGCACGGGAAGUCGAGUCGUCUAGCUCCUGCCUCGCGGGAGGGUGUGAAACUCUUUUUGUUCGUAGUCAGCCACAAGCAAGACGACUUGGCCGCACAUUGGGGACCCCUCCUGCCUCUCGGGAGCUUUUCCUGUUCCCCAGUACCUCUUCCGACUCUUAAAAGGAAAAAAAGACCAAGACGACUUUUAGGAAAACUGUUCAUAAUUUCAUUUGGCUCCCCAUCAAGCCGUCUGAUUAGUGAAAAAAGUUGGGCAUAAAGCGUACUUUAAGGAGAUUAACUGCUGAAGUACUGAUCGAGUUCUGCGUUUCUUCAAUGAGGAACUACAGGCUGAUCUUCUGCCAUAAUCUCAAACAACCAUAAAUGACAAAAGAAUGCUUGCUCAGUGAGGGUAGCUGGUGCAGAAGCCAUUUUUUAAACUUAGGUGUUUAAGUACUCAAAGAAAAGACAGCUUUGAUUUCUGGCUGCAAAAAAGAUAUGAGGAAGAGCUCCUCCCCUUCCUUGAGUAACUGCAACUCCGUUCUUGCUAACAAAAUAUUUGGAAUUCCACUUGAUGAGCUGCAGCAGGGAGGACAUCCAGACAAUGAGGUUCCAUUCAUAGUCCGCCACGUUGUGGACUAUAUUGAGGAACAUGGCGGUCUGGAGCAACAAGGGCUUUUUCAAGUCAAUGGAAAUGCUGAGACAGUGGAGUGGCUUCGGCAGAGAUACGACAGCGGAGAAGAGGUGGAUUUGGUUAAGGAAGCAGAUGUUCCUUCAGCUAUUAGUCUCCUUAGGUUUUUCCUUCAAGAACUUCCUGAACCUGUUAUUCCUGGCAGUUUGCAUAUUCACUUGAUGCACCUUUCUCAAGAUUAUAAUAACGAAGAUGAAUUUGGAAGAAAGUUGAGGUUCCUCUUGCAACAGCUUCCACCUGUUAAUUACAGUUUGUUAAAGUUUCUGUGUAGAUUUUUAGCCAAUGUAGCAUCACAUCAUGAAGAAAUUUGGUCUGCAAAUUCUUUGGCUGCUGUCUUUGGUCCAGAUGUCUUCCACAUUUACACAGAUGUGGAAGAGAUGAAAGAACAAGAAAUAGUGAGCAGAAUAAUGGCAGGACUUCUGGAAAAUUACUAUGAAUUUUUUGAGAAUGAAGAGGAAGAUUUUUCAUCAAAUGAUUUGAGCUCAAUUACUGAACAGGUUAAUGACCUUUCAGAGGAAGAAGAUGAAAAGCUAGAACAUAUAGAAGAACUUCCAGAAGAAGGUGCAGAAAAAUCAGGUGACAUGCCGGAAGUGGUACAAUUAAGGAUGACUGAAAAUGUCCUGGAAUCCAAUAGUGUUAUAGCAGCAACAAGUGCCCAUAUAUCUCCCACCAGCAUCUUACCAGCCUCUGCAGAUGUUUUAGAAAGAACUAUUAGAGUGGCUGUGGAACAGCACCUUUUCGAUCUGCAGAGCAGCAUAGAUCAUGAUCUUAAGAAUGUACAGCAGCAAAACGUGGUGUGUAAUAAUGAAGCAGGAAGUAUUAAUUGUGAUGAAGAAAGACCUAAUAAUCAGGUUGAUAUUGCUGAUGGUAUCAUUAAUGCCAGUAGUAGCAACAAGGAGUGUUCAGAACCUGUGGCUGGCACUAAUUUAGACAAUGAAGUCAUACAGCAAGAUUUUGUAUUUGAGGAUGAAGAAAAUAAUCAGUCUGCAGGUAUUCUGCUAGAGCCGUGUAGCGACCCCGAGGAUGGCGAAGAUGGCUGUCUUGAGAGGAAAGGCUGUUUGGUAUUUGACAGUGAUAAAUUGUCACACUUGGUUCUGGAAUCUAGUAGCAAGAUAUGUGACUUGAAUGCCAACACUGAAUCAGAAGUGCCAGGAGGUCAAAGUGUUGGUGUUCAAGGGGAAGCAGCAUGUGUCCAAAUUCCACAUUUAGAUCUGAAGAGUGCUUCUGAUGGUGAUAAAUGGGAAGCGUCAUGCCCUAUCACUUUCCCCCUCAUUGAUUUCCAAACAAUGCAUCUGCAGAGAGAUGGGGAGGAGCCGUUUCCUGCAUUUAAGUCUUGGCAGGAAGACUCUGAGUCUGGAGAAGCGCAGCUGUCUCCACAAGCUGGAAGAAUGAACCCUCACCCCCUGGAAGAGGACUGUCCUCCAGUGUUAUCGCAUCGCAGUUUAGAUUUUGGGCAGAGCCAGCGUUUCCUACAUGAUCCAGAAACACUGAAUUCCUCAUCUAAAGCACUUUCCUACGCUAGGAUUCGAAGAUCAUCCUUUAGUACAAAAGAUGAAAAAAGAGAAGACAGAACACCUUAUCAGUUGGUCAAGAAACUUCAGAAAAGAAUCAGACAAUUUGAGGAGCAGUUUGAAAGGGAAAAGAAUAGCAAGCCCUCCUACAGUGAUAUUGCAGCCAACCCAAAGGUGUUAAAAUGGAUGACAGAGCUUACCAAACUGCGGAAGCAAAUCAAAGAUGCAAAACCCAAAAGCUCUGAUGGAGAGUUUGUACCUCAGACCCGUCCACGGAGUAACACUCUUCCAAAAAGUUUUGGCUCUUCUCUAGACCAUGAAGGUGAAGCAAGUGAGGAGGAAUCCAGAGCUAUUCAGAAGGAGAAAAAACCAUCAAAGGAAGCAACCCUUGAAUUUAUUCUGAAAAAACUGAAGGAAAAACGUAUUGAGAGAUGUCUUCCAGAAGAUAUCAAGAAAAUGACAAAAGAUCAUUUGGUAGAAGAGAAAACUUCUCUCCAGAAAAGUCUUCUUUACUAUGAAAGUCAACAUGGAAGGCCGGUGACAAGGGAAGAAAGGCACAUUGUUAAACCUCUCUAUGAUAGAUACAGGCUUGUAAAACAGAUGCUGACAAGAGCUAGCAUCACUCCUAUCCUUGGAUCUCCCUCCACCAAAAGAAGAGGUCAGAUGUUACAGCCAAUCAUAGAAGGAGAAACUGCACAUUUUUUUGAAGAAAUCAAGGAGGAAGAAGAAGAAGAUGGUAUUAGUCUGUCCUCUGAAUUAAAUGAUAUCUUGAAAACAGCUAUACAGGCACAGUCUUCAUUGGAAAACUCAGAAUCUGAUCCUGAAGAAAAUAAAAACCUGGCUCUAGAUCUCCGAUUGUCAAGUACUCGAGCAGCUUCUAUGCCUGAAUUACUGGAACAACUUUGGAAAGCCAGAGCUGAAAAAAAGAAACUACGUAGAACAUUACGGGAAUUUGAAGAAGCAUUUUAUCAACAAAAUGGAAGGAAUGCCCAGAAAGAGGAUCGUGUUCCAGUGCUUGAGGAAUACAGGGAAUACAAGAAAAUUAAAGCCAAGCUCAGACUUCUUGAAGUUCUUAUCAGCAAACAAGAUUCUUCAAAAUCCAUAUAAAAUGCGCUCCUUGCAAAGUCACAUCAUAAAGUCAGUUGUGUCCCUUGACGCCAUCAUCAUGUGUCCUUGGCUGGUCUUUGCGUUCACUUUCUCAGGCACUCAGAGUCUCAGCUGUACUUGGCUGUGGUGCCGCUAAGCAAGCGAGGGGGGGUGAGUAGGCCCUCACAGGGAGCGUGGGUGAUGGUCCACACACAACACAGACUGUCCUCUCCACCAUCAGCAAACAUGCAGUCUCCUUCAUUGUUCUGUACUCCCAACACAUCCUAUUAGCAAAAGACUACAAUUUAUCCUUUCAACUUCAAGAACUUCGGAAAUACAAAGCUUUUUGUUACUACCUUUUUUUUUUUUCAUUACUGAAGAAAAUUGAGAGGAAAAGCUUCAUACUGAACUCUUCGGUUGCCUUUUUCUUACAGAAUGACUGAAAAUUUGAAAGAAAAGCUUAUAGAAGUGCACAUAUGCAACUGUGUUCUGUUUUCCUAGAAAACCAAAAUCAAACUGAGAUUACAAGUCCUACUGUGGAACACCUUUCUGUUUAAUUCCCAAAGUGACACGUCACGGGUAGAAUAUUAGCAAAAUUUUGCAAUUCAGUGGUCACACAGUUCUUGGACGAAGAUAACAUUAGGUAGACCAAAAAGUGACCUUGGCUAGCCUAUUGAAACAUACCACACAUCACACACAGAACUAAAUCAUACCACAUGCUGCCUAUAGGACGUAAGUUACUGUCAGGUCCUAAGUUACAGUUUCUCGGCUGAUACAUUUGUCUGGAUCGGAUUCUGGGCUAUUCCCCCAAUCACCUCCAGAUAAUGUGAGAAAACAGCCACGUCAGUAUGCAGGAACUCUGAUGGUGCUCAGAUUUCUGUGUUUCAUCAAAUGGGCCUAAAUUGGAAAUCAUGAUGCCUAGGUAAAUCUGUUCAUAACAAGGGCUAUACCACUGCAUUUUUACAUGAACUUCAGGGGGCUGCAUCUUUUUUUUCUUUUUCUCUUUAAAUUGGUGAAACCCGUACAAUGAAACACCCUCUAAAAAGACCACCUUUUGCUUAAUCACAUUGUGUUCAAGCAGCCGUUUACAGUAUGUGUGGUGGUAUGCCCCUGGCCAGCCACUCUUAACAUCUUUUUUCGUUUGGCUUUGCAUGACUUUUCUUCAGGUACUCUUGGUAUCCUGAUAAUCAUUUUACGGAAUGGUGACUUCACUUGUGUUAACAAUACAACAGACUUAUCUAAGUGUUAAUUUUUUUCCUGGUGCUUUUGGGUUGAUGAGUGCCUCACUUUGUGCUCAUGAUUUGCAUGCAACAAUUCAUGCAUGGUUUUCUUAACUAGCUAAUAUUAAAAUUUGUUUCAUACAGAAAUGGAAUUUUGCAACAUUAUUUAAUAAGGUGAGGGAAGCAUGAACCUCAAACUUCUGGCACUAUUACAUAGUUAAGCACAUGAAGUAGCUUGAUAAUGAAUAAGUGUUUCUAGUACUUCACAUUUCACCUGUGUGUGCAAUGCCUUUUUGCGGGGAAGGGGAGGCAAUCCAGUGGUAGUGAAUGUGUAAUGGAGGAAUUAAAAAAGCACUAAAUCCAGCCUUUCUUGUGUGUUUCAUUUUGAUAUAUGUAGGUUAUUCAUAAUGUUACUCGUAAGUAAAAUUGAACAUGCCAAAAGGUGUAUCACUUUGAUUUGCCUCCUUCAUGUGUACAUUUACCUCAUUUGGUCUCUCUGUAGUAGUGUAACAUCUAGUUUUAUGUGUACUGUUUAUUGUUUUUAUGAAUAUUUUAUAUACUACAUGCAGAAAUCCCAUAUGCACUAUUUAAAUGUUUUAAAUAAUAUAUUCCUUCUUUAUAAUGCUAAAUCUAUUUGAGUACCUAUUUUUAUAAGUCAUUGGCCUCGCUGGUUUUGUUUUAGAAUUAACAGGUACUUCGUGCUGUUGGCCAUUCAGUGUUCAUGUUUGGCUGUGAGUAGAGUAGGUAAGUGGGACGUGGCAGCACUUACACUGUGUGACGUAUUAUGUUAUAGUUGAGCAGUAGGUGAUAGAACUAGGGGGUUUAUGGUAGUUUUACUUUGGUACAAAUGAAAACUGUAUAUGCAAGUAUUAUAUAGAUACAUCUGUCUAUUAAUUGCAUUACUGCGGCACUUCGUUGUAUAGACUUCUGUAAUAAAAGAACUUCCAUGUUCUAA